UAUUAUGUACAUGUUUCCUAUUUUACUCUGUGCAUGGACCUUCGUUUUUGCUCUUUUCCUUGCUUAGUUGUUUCUUUAUACAUUUCCAAUGCAACGCUGGACAAAUGAGCUUUCAUGCCCGAGUAAGCUCGAAACUGUUCUUAGUGUCUGAGAUUCAAGGGAUCGAUUGAUAGCUGCCCGGAACCAUGCAUUAACAUUUUGGCCUUUAGCCUUCGUACCUUGCUUUGAAACAUUUUGUUCUUAUUGUACCAUGACUAUUCUAAUUAUAGGAGGUGCAUUCUUACCAAGUAUUUUUUACUUGUCCGGUGGACCAGCUCUUGGUUCAGAGUUGGACGAGUCCGCUCGCCGGAGCCCCGCCGCCUGCCCGUUUCGAGCCGCCCACCUCGCUCAGCAGUUGCGACCCGUCCUCCGUACACACCAUACCGCCUAGCUAGUGUCCGGGAGGCGGUGUGAGACGUGUUCGCUGCGGAACAGUGGCCCCGGCCGGUCGAUGUUAUGCCAUUGCCGCGUCCGCGUGCACCGGGAGCGGUCCAGAUGGCGCCACUGGCAGUGCCUCCUCCUUGCCAUUUAAUGGCUGUCCUGCCCUGCCCUUUGAUCGAUUGCUCAGUCAUGGGUUUGUGUGGUCUUAAACAAGUUGCAGAUGUUCAGGCUUAUCUCCUUCGGUGGACUGGUCUCCGCCGUCCAGGUGUUUGUGGAAAUUCCACAGGAGGAGAAUCUGUGCUCCUGAUUGUGCCAGGACAAUAUCUACGUUUCUGUUGGAUAUUCUUAGGGUGUAGGAAGUAGUCUUGGACUCUUGGUGUUGGUGGUGUUGAAAUGCCAUGCCAAAUUGUUUUAGUUUCUGAAAAGUCAUUUUCUUCCUGUAUCGUACCUACUUUCAGAAAAAUCAGAGUCCACUCACCACGUCAACAAUUUGGAUGUGGCCAUCCUAUCAGGAGAGGUUUUGUACAACUUCUCAACCACAUAAUCAAUCAUGAAGUCUGAAGACCGCGACUCACUUCUCAGAAAAGUACCAAGUGGCGUGGGUCAGGUGGCCAACAUAGCGCAGCUUGCCGGGGUGGACGUAUAUGGGCUCAUCACGAUGAUCGUGGAGGCGGCAAGGACAGUUAGAAGGAACCGGGAGACCUGCCAGCUGCUGGCGCGGCGUGUGAAGAUGAUUGGAGACCUUCUCCAGCAGCUCGAGAGCACACAGCUGAUGCAGCAUACAGAGACAAGGAACCCAGUUGAGCAGCUGGAGGAGACACUCCGGCAUACAUACAUGCUCAUCAGAUCCUGUCAGGACGGCAGCUACCUCUACAGCUGGUUUAUGGGAGGGAAGCAAGCUGACCAGCUCCAUCAGGUGCAGAAUGAGAUCGCCUUCUACCUCCAACUCUUCCCGCUCGUUGGAUUUGUUGAUACCAGUCGGACCUGGGCACGGCUUCUGCACAAAGCUCAACCCCUCGGUACAGAGGAUACUAUGGGUGAGUUACAUGCGGUCCAUCCUUCAGAACAUAACAAUAGAACAGAGGCACUCAAGGAAAUUCAUUUAGAAGAUCCGGGAAUUCCCCCUUGUGCAAAAUCUGACGAAGAACAAAAUACAAGUGCGUUUCUCUAUGGAUCACGCCAAGCCAUGAAUAUGGAGGAAAUAGUCAAUCUCAUAGGUGUUGGAAAAGGUGCAGAGCUACCCUAUUUUAGUUUCUCUCAGAUAUUGGCUGCUACAGACAAUUUGUCAUUGCGGAACUUGCUUGGAAAUGGUGUAUUCGGCUGUACCUACAAGGAAACUGUACAUCUCUACCUUAGCUACCAUCCAUUGUUUGCAUAUGACGGUAAUGCUAGUGAUGGGUGGGAAUUUGCUUUCGUGCACCAGCAACAGUCAGAGGGGAAACUGCCUGAUGGGCUCGAUAUUGCUAUCAAAAGACACAACACAUCUUCACAUCAAGGCCUAUCAGAGUUCCAAGCUGAGAUUGAAGUCAUUCCGAAUCUUCGACAUAAAAAUAUAAUUUCGCUACUUGGGUUUUGUGUUCAAGGAAAAGAAAAGAUACUUGUCUAUGAAUAUAUGUCGAACAAUAGCUUGGCAGACGUCAUUUCUGAUGAGACAAAAAGGAAAUUGCUUAAUUGGUCAAAGUGUCUUCAAAUAAUCAAAGGGAUAGCAGAUGGCCUUGUUUAUCUGCAUCUGCAUUCUCAGAUGUGCAUUGUCCACAGGGAUCUGAAACCAAGUAAUCUCCUGUUGGAUCCUGAAAUGAAUGCUAAAAUUUCUGAUUUUGGUCUUGCUAAAAAGCUAGCUCCAGAUGCAAUUGCAGAAGAUAUUGUAUGCGGCACAUAUGGCUAUGCAGAUCCUGAAUAUGUUACUACCGGAAAGUUAUCGCAGAAGGCAGAUGUAUACAGCUUUGGCAUCGUAGUUCUCGAGAUAAUAUGUGGAAACAACCCUUGGUUUUAUAUGGUGAAGGCGAAGAAGGGCUCAUCUCCAGGAUCACUUCCUGAUCAUGCAUGCAAGUAUCUGAAGAGGCCCCGCAAGCUUGUUGACCCACUGCUACGCGCUAGCAAGGGUGAGAGAGCUCAGAUUGCGGAAUGCGUUAAGGUGGCUCUGCUGUGCGUCCACUGUCGUGCUGAAUGUAGGCCCGCCAUGUCGGAGGUUGUGGCGAUGCUCUGCAGCGUCGGGAGUGGGAGAUCGUCACCAGCUUACUGCUGUCACUGAGUAAUAACCAGGGGUUGUAGUUGACCGAGGACGGCCAAAGAUUAUGACCGUCACAUUCACAUACAUGUUUUACAAUGGGCAUGGACAUGGCAAAAGAAGUGGGAUUCUGCAUUCUGAUCUGGCUCCUGGUCGCCCUAGUUCUGUUGAAGGUGAAUGGGAGAUACCCUGAUUUGCACUCAGAUUUGCCGUCCAUCACAAAACACAGAGCUAUUUCUACAGUGUAAUGCGUUACCGUACCAUGCUGGCUUGCUGUCAACACUAAUUGGGAAGUCAACAAAAGAAAAAAAGCAAGAGAAUGCAUGAAGUAAAUUACGGUCUACUAUUUAGGGAGGUUGUUAAGCUUAAUUACUAUGUAUUGAAGAAUGUGUUGUUAACUAAUUUAUUGUAACAAUAACAAAACUUACGUGUAGCUAGCUCCCAUCCAGACGAGACUUAACUAAGUCACAUCUAAUCUAGUUUUUUUCUACCUCCAAGGGUCAUGAUAGCUAUGCAACGGUGGAUGCACAUGCUUUGAGACUCACACAUUGCCGUUAACUAAUUUAAACUGCAA